AUGAAUAGUCAACAACAGGUGGUGUCCUCUGACUAUCUCCAGGAGUCUAGAAAUCCUCAUACUAACCCGUCCCCCAGGACCAGUAGCCAAAACUGGGCCACCCCAGGCCUCAGCUGGGUGGCAAACAAAGAGUGUCUGCAGGGGGGACCUCAACUGUUCCCAGCCAGCGACAGUGUGUGUGGUCACUGCUCCGGCGCAGACAAGGACGCAGAGGAAAUUAAGCAACCUGAGGAGGACGCUACAGGCCAGCUGUCUGAGAGCGAUGCCUUACCACGGCGGUUUCUCCCUCAGAGAGGUGAAACCCGAGAGGGCAGGACAUUUCAGCAUCACAGAGCUCUUAAUGCUGGGUCCGGUCUCCAAGGAGACCCUGUCCACAACAUAAAGGUCUCCUCCAUCACAGGGCAUCUGAAAUCUUCUUCGGUGACAGAGAAGACCCCUCCUCAGGAAUCAUUCAUCUCCCAAGUGCCAUUAAGAUUGCAGAUCAAAGUGUCUGGCCAGAGGGGUAGUCUGGGAAUCAGCAUUGCCGGUGGGAAGGGCUCUCUGCCUUACAAAGACCAUGAUGAGGGCAUUUUUAUUUCCAGAGUAACAAAAGGGGGGCCAUCAGAAAAGGCAGGGAUCCAUGUUGGAGACAGAUUGCUGGAGGUCAACGGCCUCGACAUGCAGGGAGCGACCCACCACGAGGCGGUCAGUGCCCUCAGGAAUGCCGGGAGCUGUAUCAAGAUGAAGGUACUCCGAGAGAGGCUGCUACCUCGAGAGGUGUGUGACCUGCGUGAGCUUCAGGAUCCUCAGGAUGUGACUGGACUGCAGCUCUGCAGCAAACAGCCCAAGACGGAGAGCGCGGAGGACUGUUUGUCCAAGAAGAUUGAGGCGGUUGUCUGCAACGGCAACAGCAUUUCUGAUCUGGAGAGUGACCUGAAUAGGACCUCAUCUAAACUUGAGGCGGAGGCGUUAAUGAAAAAUGAUUUGCUUCAAGUUGGCAAGCACACAAUGACAAUCCCGCGGAUCAUCCUCACUCAUCCCUCUACCUCAGAUGAAGAUGUGGAGCUCCUGACACAGAGCCCCGGCAGGGAUAUGCUACACGACUUUGACAUUCCUAACAGACGCGCACACACUGACUGUUUUGACAGCGCUUUCUAUCCACCCUGACUACAGUGGAGAUUCAUGAAGGACACAGACUGUUAUUACCCAGAUAUUUUGUUUUUUUUUUUAGAUACUGACGCAUUUUCAGUGAUGACACUGUGGAGGAUUAAUUGAAAGCUUACUGUUGGAAUGUGUUUUUUACUGUCAAGCUUUUUGUCUAUCAGAUUCAACUGCUGCUAAUAGUAUUUGGUGAUAUUAAAGUCAUUUGCAAGAAUGGGGCAACUUAACGACUUUAUUUUUACUACUAAAACCUACAGAGUUUUGCCUGUGUAACUACACUGAACAGUAAAGCGUGAGCAGACCGUUCUCUAAUGUCCAAAUGAAAUAGGCUACAUGACAUAACGUCACAUACAGUCAAUUAAACAAUGAAUUCUGCUGGCUACCUCUACUUCACAUCACUGUACUGUAAGCCAUGGCUGUGCUGGUAAAUAGCGUCUCUGCCUAUGACAAUGUGAGGCCCUUGAACUUUUUAUAGUCCGUACUGAGAUAAAAUGCCACAUGGCUGAAGUGAGUGCACCGCAGGGAGUCCGAGUCCUGCAGAGUUCAGAGACAGACGGAACUCUGCUUCGCGUCUUUCACACCUGCUGUAUUUACACUCAUGAGAUUAUGCACUGUGCAGAAAUGUUUCUUAAAAAAAAGAAGAAGAAGAAAAAAAAACACUGGAAGAAUUUAUAAUCUUGCAUCCAAAGCCUAGAAUGUACAAAGUAUAGAUGUUAAUACCUGCCUUGUAUUAUUUCACAGCUUUUAUAUUCUCAAAAGAGUUAACUGUUCAGUGUUCACUUCCUGAAUAAAGUGCAA